GGGCACUAAUGGAAGAGCGGUGUCCUAGUAUAAUCGUCAUUCAUAAAUUUUGGCAAGACCACUCAUAGGCGAAGUAGAGCUCAAUGGUUUUAACUCACUGAAGUUGAUGGUAUUUACUUGUGACAGUAAUUCUCUGCGUUUUGUUUAUGUGGAAUAUUAACAUAACAUACCAAAAUUGUGUAAUGGAGUAAAGAAUGUUGUGUUUAUUGUGUUUUUGGACAUAAGAUACUUUGUUAUUUUUUAAUUGGAUAAGUAGGGUAAUGUGUUGAAACUGUGUCAGAUAUGUGUACAGUGUAGUAACAAACCAUGGAGAUAUUAAGUCUAGUCUUUUAUAUUUUGUACCUGUGUGUUAGCAGACACCUUGUUAAUGGAAAUGCUGCCGCAGAUGCAGGUACAAAAGUGGACCCUCUGGCCCCUAUGGCAAUGUGGGAUGCACAGAAGCCAGUGAUUGAGAUCGUCAACUAUAACAUCAGCGAUAAUGGAGAGGUCCUCAUGGAGACUGGCCAGAGUCUCAACAUGACCUGCUAUAGCAAUCUGCCUAUUGAGUGGCUGUUCAUACAUGGUGUCUUUUCUGAGGAUAUAGAGGGGCCCAAGUUUCCAGAUCACAGGGGAGUGGUCCUACAGCAUAUGUCGGACAUCAGCGGGCAGACAGCAUUCGGACUCAACUUGUAUGGGGCCAAUAUGAUAUGGAGUAACACAGGGAAAUAUGUGUGCCAGAUUGCCAUGCAGUCUAAUAUAAAUUCCUCUGUGUAUAUAUAUGUUAAAGACACAAGACACCCAUAUGUGUAUCAUCAUACCAUUGAUAUGCCAAACUAUCCAAUCCACAUGCAGUUUAAAUAUUUGACCAAAGCUGUUUUUCCUUGCAACAUCAAUGAUCCGAGCCUGAAUGUGACAUUGCUGAAGGAGCAACACCCUCGUAAACAAAUGGGGUCGUCGGAUGGAGUCGAGUUUGACCCCCAUAUCGGAUUCGUUAUUUCUGAAGUGACCACAGAUUUUGAUGGAAUAUUUUUUUGUAGCACCAAAGUUGGAGUGAUAGAGCACACUUUGUUGUUUAUUGUAACAAUUAAUAUCCCCCCAGACACAUCUCCCAUCCCAUAUCUGGAGCCCAACACAGAUACUCUCAACAGACUGGUUGGUGAGAACUUUACCCUCACCUGCAGGGUACAGGUACCCAGCACCAAUGUACCACAUGUUACCUGGAAAUACUUCACAAGUGAAAAACAGGAAAUUAUCCUUGAGAAUAAUAAGCCGUCGCCACGUGUGUCGGUGUCCACAAUCACGGGUCAUCCAUCCAAGACAGGAGGCAUGGUCGUGUAUGAGACGCAUAUCGAGAUUAGACACCUCUCUGUGAAGGACGACGGCAUUUACCAGUGCUCUGUGUGGAUCUCGGACAAUUUAAAAGGCAGAGUAGAGGCUGCUGUACAUAUUCAUGAAACGGGGUUUGUAAGCCUGACCACGGAUAACCAGAUAGUGACUGUGAAAGAGAACCAAGACGAGAUAGCCAACUUUGAGGUGAUGUUCAAUGCCUACCCAAAGCCAGAGUUCCACUGGAUGAAAGAUAACCAGAACAUAGAAAAAAAGAUGACGCAAAUAGUGUCGGGCUUCCUUGAGGGAACUAGCACUAUCUACCUGCGUAUUAUCUUCCCCACGAGGUCCCUGGCAGGCAAAUAUACUCUGGUGGCAAAUAACAAGGACAUGAAUUCUACAAUAGAAGUCCACCUUGUUGUACAGUACAUCCCUGCAGUGGAGAUCCACACACACAAUCCGGACGAGUUUUAUCUGCUCUACAUGGAGCACAAGCUGAACUGCACAGUGGACGCAGUGCCCACUCCAACCAAUACCAGUGUUAACUGGUUCUGGAUGUCAUGCAAUUCUCCAUACAACUGCUCCAGCAUCUAUGACAACUGGCAACCUGUCAUCAUGAUGAGCAGUGCGCCAGCCUCCUAUCCCAGAAUUCAGACGUGGGGUUCUGGAAACAACAUCACCAGCCAGCUCAUAGUAAAGGAGGAAAGCGCAGGCUUCUUCAAGUGUGUCAGCAGUAACACCAUGGGCACUAACUCCUCUGUCAUCCACUAUGUCGCCUCAGAUGUUGGUAACGGCUUUCAUUACUACAGCAGUGUCAACAGGAGUCCCAACAGAAGUCCCAUUCUAGGAGAGAGGGUGUUGCUCUCAUUCAAAGCCAGCCUCUGGAAAUACACAAACUUCACUGUGGUCAACAGGACCAUUGAUGCAAAUGCCACCUCUCGUUGGGACAUGAAUAGGACCAAUAUCACUUAUAUAAAGGACACUAUGACCAUCACUACUGAGGUGGAGAUCAACCCAAUCCUGAUGUGGGAUGACAUGAAGUAUGUCAAGUUCGUUGUCAAUGGUUCUGACCUUGCCAAGAAGGAUGUUGGACCAAUAGGCACGCUGGAACUCAGAGUUAGAGACGUGAUAGCCCCGACGUUAAAGACAAACAUAUCCCAGAUCCAUGCGGUGGGGCAUACCCUGUACCUGUUUGACUGUGAGGUAGAUGGCCUUCCUAUCCCCAUCGUUGUCUGGUACAAGGACUACGAGCGCAUCUUCAAGAACAACAUGUCCAGCUCCAUGGAACUCCUACAGGAGGACAUGAAGUUGAAGAUCAAUGCAACAGAUGAGAGCUUUUCUGGCCUCUACACAUGUGUGGCAACAAAUAGAGGGGGAGAGAUAGCUAGAAAUUUCUCAUUUGAAUAUGGGAAGGAACGAGCGUUACCCCCGGCGAUGGCUAAGUGGCAGACGGGCAUUCUAAUUGGAGGUGUGAUUUUUCUGCUGGCAAUAGUGGUCGUCAGUGCCAUCAUCUGCUACUGCCAUCGCAUGCGCUCAUUGGAGCUGCACAAGGAAUUGGAGCAGUACCUCAUACAGCCAAAAGGGGACUACAACCCUGACAUGCCAUUGGACGAGCAGACUUCUUGUAUACCUUACGAUGCCAAAUGGGAAUUUCCCAAGGAAAGGUUGAGACUAGGCAUGAUCCUUGGUCAGGGAGCGUUUGGCAGGGUUGUGAAGGCUGAAGCCAUUGGUAUUGUGGACUAUGUGGAUGUGCUCAGUACCGCAGUGAAAAUGGUCAAAGACUGCACAGACCGGGAGCAGAUGAUGACCCUGCUGUCGGAGUUGAAGAUUCUCAUCCAUAUUGGACAGCAUCUCAAUAUCCUCAACCUUCUGGGCGCGGUCACUAAGAACAUUGCAAGAGGUGAGCUGUAUGUCAUAGUGGAGUACUGCCACUUUGGCAACCUGCGUAACUACAUCCUCAAACACAAGGAUGAGUACCAAGACACGAUGAACGACGACUACCUGGACCCCGUCACACGCAAGAUGAGAGAGGCAGAGGGGCUUGACCAGGGCCUAGACGAAGGGGGGGAGCCCAGGGCCUCAGGCUCCAAGCCCUACUAUGUGAACAAGGCUGCGCCUGAUAACUCUGCAGUGCUGGUAGGGCCACCCCUGACGAAGAAGAACAUGAUUUCCUGGGCUUACCAGGUGGCUAGGGGCAUGGAAUAUCUGGCUUCAAAGAAGUACAUCCACCGUGACCUGGCAGCCCGGAAUGUGCUACUAGCUGAGGACAAUGUUGUGAAGAUCUGUGAUUUUGGUCUCUCCAAGGACUGCUACAAGUAUGCUAAUGAAGAGUACAGGAAAAAGGGAGAUGGUCCGGUUCCGGUUAAAUGGAUGGCUAUUGAGUCUCUUACACACAGGGUCUAUACUUCGAAGAGUGAUGUCUGGUCAUACGGCGUGUUCCUGUGGGAGGUGUUCUCCCUCAGUGGCAGCCCCUACCCCGGGGUGGACCUCAACGACAAGUUCAUCACCAUCCUCAAGGAUGGAUAUCGCAUGGAGCAGCCAGAGAAGGCCUCACAGGAAAUUUACCGGGUGAUGCUAGAUUGCUGGGAGACAGACCCAGAACAGCGGCCAUCGUUCACACAGCUAGUGAACAUCAUGGGAGACUUCCUGGAGGAAAACGUCAAACAGUAUUACUUGGACCUGGGUUGUAAUUUUGGUUCUGACGAUGAGGAGGUGCCAGAAGGGGCGACGGGUGGAGAGCCCGGGUACCUGUCCAUGACCUCCAUGCUCCUGGAGCCCACUGACUACACCAAGAUGUCGCCCGCCCCACCACCCCCGAGCAGUGAGGAGAACGAGAAACUCAUCGUGGAUAUGCCAAAGAAAAAGUUAGCUGAGGAGGAGAGAUAUGUGAACUUUGAUCUGACAAAGAAAUAUGCUGCCAAAGACCGAAAGAAUAACAGAGGAAACGAAAUUGAGGUUCAGCCACUCAUUCAUAAUGUUGAUGAGACGCUGAUUAGGGAUUCGCCAGGUCGACGUAGGAGGCAGAACCAGCCGAACCGCAAUGGUUCGCCUCCAACCAGGUUGAGUGGUCUCCAAGGUAACACAGUUGUGGAUACGUCUCCGGGUAAUGAUAGUGACAGUGGACACGAGAGCUUUGCACCAGGGAGCUCACCAGACAAAUGUGAUGACAAUGAUGGGUAUCUCUCACCAAAGAGCAUGAAUAUGCAGGACAUGCAAGUAUUUGAUAUGAAUGGAUUGAAUAUAAAGGUGAAUUCAGCUAAAAGUGCAAGGAAUGGACAGGCAAGAGUGUUGUCUAAUAAUUACAGUGGAAUGCCAAGAUAUGAUGACAUACCCCCGCCAGAUUAUAGGGCGGUGAUGGAGGCAACUGAAUCUACUGUUUGAUAGUUUAGGGCCUGUGAUUGGGUUAACAGUAUAAAGAUAUGUGGUGGUCUCGAAUCUUGGUCACUUCAGUAAAGUUGCAAUCAAUGUGUUCAAGAAUUAUACACAGCAAAAGCUUUUAAGGCAAUAUACUGUAUGGUAUUGUGUUUAAAUGCAUUAAUACUUACAUUUGA